UUGUAAUAUGUUGGCUAUAUUGUUAUUCAAAUAAACAUCUAAGCUAUGUAUUUCAUUUUUAUUUGGGUAUAUUCAUCUCUGUCUAAUGUAUAUCAAUCAUGUGUCUUAUCUAUCAUAAACAGAAUCUCAUGUUAAUAGUCCUAUUAGUAGUACUUAUUGUCAGUCUUAUGUUUGAGAUACUGUAUGUAAUAUAAUUCAUAAAAUAGUCACUUUUAUAAACUUUAUAAAUCUUCUACCCUUCUAAGCAGACUUUUCUGCUUUUUUAAUUCCUAGUAUAUGUCAUAAGCCUAGUCCAAGUCUAAGAAUAGAUUUUCAUUUCAGAAGCCGAGACGCAAGCCUCGCCUUAAUUUCUCUCUGAAAAAAAAAAAAGUAGUCAGGUAAUUUGGUUUGUUGGCAGCCUUUUAAAGAUAUGAUUUUCUUUUCCAUCAGAGGACUAUUCCCCUGCUAUUCUUAAGAAGAAGUUGAAAGAUGUGAAAGAACACUAGUAUGGCAGAUAAACUGAAGGUCCAUGUGUUUUUGGGUGCACCCAAUCCCCAAUCACUGUCUGAGGAGGAUAAAAGUUCCUUGGAUAAAAGUUCCAAUCAGUGGAGGACUUUAGAGUUUAGUUGGAAUCAAGGAAGGCUAAUGCCCAGGAAGGAAGUGGGUGAGGGCCAGAUACAUAGUCAUGUUGCUGCAGAGGCCAUUAGUAGCCGGAACACAACCACUGAUCAUGAGAAGCAUGGUGUUUCAGGUUCUCAUGAGGGUAACAUGACAGUGUCUGAAGAUGAUAUUACACCCUCGAUUAGCCAGUCCUCUCUGGCCAAGCAAGCACUACCUGAAGAGGAUGACAUGAGUCCCGGACUGGUUACUGAGUAUCUAGAUAGCUGCUUCCCCUCCCCACAAGCAGACUCAAGAUCUGACUCUGAGCCAAGUCCAGCCAUGUCUGCAAAGACAGAAUAUCUAAUCACCUGGACAAAGACACAAGGAUUGCUCCUGAAACCUGGAGUUAUUAGGGAGCAGGGCUCUGCCUCAGUCAGCACACUUGGAUCUCCCCAAACGCCACCAAAACAAACCCCUUCAGCCUCUUUGGACUCUCCAGAGCUCUACAGCCCAGAGGUCAGUCCAGGAGAUAGAGGCCUGGGAGGAACGCUGCAAGGGUCAGUAGAACUUUAUGAGAGUCUGAGCCAAAGGCUGCAGGAAGGAGGUGUGAUUUUGUUGCGCACACCUGAUGGUCUUCUGUGCUCUCAGGCCAGUGCAUUGGAGCAGGAGGACUAUGAAUUCCAUUUUGGCUCCCCGAACAAAUCCGUAGAAGCCUCACCUACUCCCAGCACCUCAAAACGCGCUAAGCUCUCUUCAGCUACAGCUCGGAGGCAGCAGGGAACUGGACAAAAAAACAUCCUCCUACUUCAUGGUCCAACCACACUGCUCUCCAGGUGCAUCAGUCACGGAGUGAGUUACUCCAUUUUGGUUGCUGUGGUGCACCCGUGCCACGUGAAAGAGAUCAGUGUGAAGUCUGGAGCAUCAACUGGAUCCAGUGUUCCGCUGGCUACGGUGAUCGUCACUGACCAAUCAGGAGUGGAGAUGAAGGUGGUGCUGUGGAGGGCAGCAGCGUUCUGGGCGCUGACCGUCUAUCCAGGAGACAUAUUGCUCAUCACAGGUGUGACAGUGCAUGUGGAUAAAUGGCGAGGAGAAACUGUACUACAGUCAUCCUAUAUGAGUCAACUGCUGAACCUGGGCCAGGUCACUCAAGGCCAUAACCCACAAGCUCCACAAAAUGUAAAUAUUCACACACUGAGAGCUCUGUGUACUCAUCUACAUGAGAAGCACCCUCUGCUGGUGUCCCUGCCUCCUCGCACCGCUCAGAACCUGCAGUCAAUCCCCUUCGUCCACCUCGGGUCUCUACGACCUGACACUCUGGUUCAUGCACUGCUAAGAGUCAAACACACCAAGAUGAUAUCAGAUGCAGUUUGGGAGUUCCGGCUGCUGCUGGUGAAACAGGAUAUGACUUCAGGCCUGCUAGAGCUUCACUCUACCCCAUGGAGCUCAUGCCAGCCUCUGCUCCCAAACAGCCCACGAUACAAAGAGUUCUGCAGCACAGUCACUUCACACCGGGGCAGCAGCAGCUUUGAGAUUGACCUACACACACUCCUGUCUCAGAAAUACACAGGUGACGUAGAGCUAAGAGUUCACAUUGUAGCAUUCCAGUUCCACAGCACUCCUUCCCAGGAUGCAGUGCUGCUCAUGGAUGGAGAGACGCCUCUGGAAAGGAUCCUGGACAUUGUGUCUGGUGACAUCACAUUCACUGGAUGUGGCCUGUGCUGUGCUGAGCUAGACACAGACGAGAAUGGCAUCUACAGACCGUGCUAUCCAUGUCUGCCUCAUACUGGAGUACGCCGUUAUUACAGGCCUGUAGUUCUGACUGUGAGAGAGCGACAGAGUCAGGUCUGUGUGCAUGUUCCACCUACACUUGUGCAGAAGAUCCUGCUUAACACUGCACCAGACAAGCUAAACAAGACUGUAGCUCCUGUGUCAGAGGAGAGAUUUGUUCAGAUAGUGGCUAAGAGGAUCCACUCCAUCCUGUCCACUCCAAGGUCCAUGUUUCAUCUCACCAUCCGCAGCCAUUUUGACUGUGAUGAAAACAGCAUUCCUAUCAUACAGAAUUUCUUGCUAUUAGAUUUUAUUUCACAGGAAGCAUCAAGCAAUGAACAUGUGCCCUUAUAAUUAUGACUUGCCUUAUGUACAAAAUGUUUCUUUUCCAAAUCAGACCUGGAAUAAUUGUAAUAUGUAAAAGCAAUAUGGAUAUAAAUUAUUUCUGUGUCUAUGUAAGUAUAAUUUGCAAAAUGAAAUUUUGUAAAAGCACUGAUUUACAUAUUGACCUGUAUAUAUUUUACACUCACCAUUUAGUACAUUGAUGAUUGAUUUUAACCAAUAAAAUAGCUCUGCAUUUGCACUGUUUUAAACAAUUCUUAAAAUCUCUCAAAUACAUGAGUGUCUAUUAGUCAUAAUUAGAAUUCCUGUUCGGUGUCCUUCAUUUCUGGAAUAUUGUCCCUGGCAAAGAAUUUCACAUUACUGUGUCAGAAAGGUGCAGUCUUUCUUUGUUAGUACCUACACUUGGGAAGCAUGUCAACACUGAAUAUUGUUAAAAAAGAAGACAGAAUUAGACUGUGAUAUCUGCAUGUGGAGUGCAUCAAAAUAUUAUAAUGAGCUUUUAAUCUACAUUCUAUUGUAAAAUACAUUCUACAAGUAGAAGAUGGAUAGUGUGGGAAACAGUAUAUAAGGUUUAAAACACUGGUUAAAAAACACAGUUUUUUUCAUGUUAUACCACAGCACUGUUGUAUUCUCAAAUCUGAUGGGUCAGAAGGUGAUUGAUUUUCUAUAACAGCAGCUCUGACAGUAGUGCUGCCUGUAAUUCACAUUACUGGUUAAUAUUAAUGUACUUAUUGUAAUACGUUACUCUUUCUAUAACAACAAACCACUCACAGGGACUUGUAUGACAGACACUCUACAUAAACAGAUUAAAAAAAAAUGUGUAAUUGUUGAUAUGAUGAAGUUUUCUCUAAGGAGACAUUUACUGAGCAUUUUGGAAGGAGUCUCCAGUGCCAGCCCCUUAUGACAGUCAGAGGUAAAGACGUUCCUUUGUUUUCUGACAGAGGAAAGACUUCAGAACAGAGGGAUUUCCAGACGGACAUACAUUUUUUUUGUCUUACUAACUUAAAGAGAGAAAAACGAGGCUGGUGAGGGAACAUCUGUUUAUAGCUGAUAUAACGUAAGUGAUAACAGGAAGUAACGGUUUGAGGAUGUUCAACAUUAAAUGUAACUAUAAAUGGUUAAAAAGUAUGAUGUGUCAUUCUUUAAUAAAUUAAAACAACUAAUCAACUUUGGCAUGGUAAAGGCAUCACACUAAAUGUUGUGUUUUAUUCCUUACUCAAUUCUACAGAAACACAGUUACUGAUUAAAACCUUCACUGACUCGGGCAGAAUUUGUAUUUCCUCAUCGUAAAUGCGUUAAAUGUUAGUCAUCUGUCCAUACUGUAGUGCUACUAGGAACAAACGGUGUGUGUGCUCUUAUGGUUUGUUUGGCUGGUGGUCUGUAUUGACUUCUUGAUAUUAAAAGGGAUAUACUGGGAGACAAUUAGAUAGAAAGUUGUGCAAAAUAUAGUUUUUAUUUGGCUAAACUGUGUGUGUGUUAGUCUGUGAGUAUGGAUAUGGAGCCUAAAUCAGCAUUGAUAAUCUUUAGCAAAUUCACUUUUCCCCAACACUGCAUACAGAAAGUAAAAAGUCUUGAAAAAUAGCACUAACUUUGUCCUAUCAUUAUUGAUACACAAAAGUGUAGUCUAUCAGUGUUACUGCUGCUCAAUAAUAGUGUUGAAAUACUUUGACUAUUACCACAGAGGUGCCAUUUAUAAUGUGCCAUUAAGAUUUGUUUAGUAUGUCUCUUAUUGUAAUCUAAGAUCAUUUCCUUAGUUUUGCUUCUAUAAACCAUGAGUUUGUCACCAACUAUAAAAUGAAACAAUUUCCUCUUAGUAUACAAGACCUUUGUCAUCCUUCAAAGGUUGGUCAGUGAAACUUCAUCGGAAACAUUUGUCAUGAUGGGUGAUAUAUCAUUUGUAUGAAUGGUAAAUAUUAAGCGCCAUUAAUAUUAAUGUUAACAGCCACAGUACACAGUCCUGACGAACUCCAGUGCUGACAUGAAUCAAGGGAGACUGACCUAGGUUUGUGUGCAUGUAUGCUCGAUUCAGUGAGAAAAUGACUUAUCCACAGAAGUAAGAAGCUUCUAAUAUAAUUGGGGUGCGAUUUUGUGUCCCACUGGUAUUUAAUUUAGAAUUAUGUAUGUAAAGGUAAAAACAUUUUAAACAUAGGUAAAAUGUUCUUGAUAACAACCUGUGUGCAUGUUUCAGAUACAUUUAAAACAUUAACACAUUAAUAAAGCAUUAAAUACAAACAUUAAUAAACAGCACUUUUUUUGCCAGCAUUUUGCCUGUCCAAGGCCACUAUAACUACACACUAUUAUUUUGAAUUAUAAUUAUUAAAAUACUUCAAAAAUAUUAUUUUUGUGUUAAUUCGUGAAUCCAUUUAACAUCUCAUCCUUUUCCAUGAGUCAUCCAUCAUCCUUAAGUUAUAAAAAAUGUACAUUUUAGUGUCACAUAACAUUCACUCAGCCCUGCUAACUGAACACAUUCACCCCUAUGCAAUAUUUGGAAGACUCCACAAGUCACAUGUUCAAGAGGAAGUUGCAUCAUCUGAAUUUCCUGAAGCUGAUGUGAAGAAGAAAAUUAAUUUCUUUCAUUCCUUUUUCCUCAUUACUUUUAAUCACAGUGUGAGAUUGACUGAUGAGGUCAGGUUGAACGCACAACCCUGUUGUCCAAAUGACAGAUUUAAUAAGUAAAUUAUUAAUUAAAAUAGAAUAGAAAGAUAAAUCAUUAAAAUGUCCUAAAUGUCUUCAUGCCAUUAGGGUGGGUGCUCUUAUACCCAUUUUGUAUACUUGCUAAUUCCACACUAAACCCUGUUACUUUCUGUCCUGUGAUUAAACAGCAAAAUGCAGUCAUUUAUAGAAAAAGGGAUAUUACUGCCUGAGGUGGAUUAAAACAUUUCCUAAACAUUUUAAGAGUUAUAUACUAUAUAACCCAUACUGUAUUUAUAAAAAGGCUGCCCAGUAUGAUUGUUCAUUUUAUUUAACAAGAUAAAAAAAAAACACAUCUCCUUUUUUGGCAAAUAUGCAAAUUGAAAAGGCUACAUAACAUCCUCUAUUUGUUAGUAUAAAUACAUUUUUGUCGAUUUACGGUUACUGACACGCUUAGUUUCACUCUUUCGCAAGUCUUAACACU